AUGGAUAACGACUCAUCUGAGCCUUUGCUAUCAGCUUAUGAGGAUCCUUCUACAUCUAUCGCAGGUUAUACGGUGGAUAGUAUAGCUGAUGGAGACCAGGAAUUAAGAAAAAUUAUUAGCAAUAGUCGAAGAGCAUCAGUUGCCGAUGAAGAUUAUCGUCUUCCGAGGUCUCAAUUGUAUCCUGUCGUCUUAAGUUUAUUCACUUCUACAUUUUUAUCAUCUUUGGAUACCACGGUAGUGACAACAUUAUUGAUUGAUAUAGCUUCUGAUUUGAAUGCAGUUCCUCAAGUCUCUUGGAUAGCGACAGCGUAUUUGUUGUCUUGUCUGGCUUUUCAACCACUAUUUGGGAAACUAUCAGAUAUUUUUGGAAGAAAAAUUCUUCUUGUUUUCUGUUCUUUAUGCUUUGCUCUUGGCUGUUUAGUGUGUACACUGGGCUCGUUUAUCUAUGUUGCACUUGGGAGAUUCAUUACAGGAAUUGGAGGAGGCGGAUUAGCAACUUUGGGUACUAUUACAAUGUCAGAUAUAAUUCCUUUACGAAAAAGAGGUUUAUUCCAAGGUAUGACGAAUAUAUUUUAUGGUAUCGGAGCUGCUUCUGGAGGAGCUAUUGGUGGGGUUAUAUCAGACUUUUUUGGCUGGAGAAGUGUAUUUUUCGUGCAAAUUCCAUUUGCGCUAUUGGUGGGAUUUUUAUUUUGGCACAACUUGAACGUUAGAUUAGGGGAAAGCGAAGAAACUAGCACGAUCAGUCAAAAAUUAAAGCGAAUUGACUUCAUAGGAUCUAUUUUUUUAGUACUGGCACUAGUUGCUAUCAUGAGCGGUGCAGCUUUUGCUGGAACUGCGUUCCCUUUCAAGUCCUUGACUUUCUUCGGAUUGGUUAUUGCUGCAAUCAUUCUUUUAAGUGCGUUUGCUUAUACAGAGCUUUACAUUUCUCCAGAACCUGUCAUACCUGUGAGGCUAUUGGCUGAUAGGACUGUCUUGGCAUCUUCGUUGGCUAAUUGGUUUUAUUCUAUGAGUAUAUUCAGCUAUUUGUUUUAUAUUCCGAUUUACUAUUCCUCAGUUUUAAACUUUACAGCUGGGCAGAGUGGUAUCCGGUUGAUUGCCAACUUCUUUGGAAUAACUUGUGGAUCAAUAGGAGUUGGUUAUUAUAUGAAAAAAACUGGCAAAUAUUAUUAUUUCGCAGCAAUUGUCGGCCUCUUUGGUCUAUUUGGUAUGGUCAAAAUCUAUAUGAUCAAUCCCGAUAUAAGCGAAGUAGCCCAAUAUCUAGUUUUAUUUCCACCGGGCGCUGCCUAUGCUUGCAUGUUAACUGUGACUCUUUUGUCCUUAAUAAGCGCCGUUCCAAUAACGUAUCAAGCGUGCACAACUUCUAUUCAGUAUACAUUUCGAUCUACUGGAUCUACAAUUGGUGUCUCUGUUGCGAGUGCAGUGUUUCAAAAGCUUUUGAAAGAUCACCUAACGAGAGAAGUUCGUAAACUUGUUUCCCCAGAGCUCGCGCAAAAAGUUAUUUCCAGAGCUCUCAAGGAUGCAAAAUAUGUUAAUGAAGCUCCAGAAAUAGUGCGAGCCGCAAUCAGAAGCUCUUAUGGAGAGGCUUGCAAAGGCGCCUUUUGUUGGAGUUUCGUGACAAUGUCUCUUGGAUAUGUGUGCAUGCUUUUAAUAGAGGAGCAUUCUCUAUCUCGUAGGCAGACUUAG